CAUAAAUAAGUGAGAGUAUUAAGAAAGUUGUGUGAGAGGACAGCACAGGACAGCACAUCCCUUCAGGGAUCUACCAGUCUUUUUACUUGUUUGCUUCUCUUAUCAUUUUUGCAGUGAACAGUGAACUGAGGUUUAAGCAGGAUCUUGUCUAAGAGCUGAGAACCAUCCAUGCACAUGGAUGUUCUCCGUAGUUGUUUCAGAACCAUCUUUAUAAAUAUUUGCUAAUGGUUAAAAAUUAAACACAUAGCAGAAGUCUGAGACUGGGGAAAAGUUUUAGGGAAAGAAAAUAUUCUAAAUACGGACAGACACUCUUCACCAUGAAAUCAUUAUCAGCUCUCGUGUUUAUUUUGUGCUUACCACUUGGAAUUUUUCAACAAAAGGACGAUACAUAUCUGAUAGAAGAAUGUGUAAACAAUGGAUACACACAGAAGUCUUGCGAGAAAGUGUUUUGCCCGCCAUGGCAGAGGUGUGUGGAUGGCUCCUGUAUCUGUAAGCUACCUUACCAAUGCCCAAGAAAGGGAACCUUGGUUUGUUCUACAGAGAAGAGGACUUUAAAUUACUGCCAGCUAAAGAGCUUGGAAUGUCAGCGUAAAAAGAGCAGAUUUAUGUACAGAGGAAGAUGCAGCUCUCAAGAGACUUUUCAAGUUUCGUUGAAGCCUGAAAAUGCAACAUCAACAGGAAUUAUCCAAGUGGAAGUGAAUCAAUCCCCAAAGACACCUGUGUGUGGAUUUCAUUGGGGUAUGAAUGAAGCAAAUGUGGCCUGCAGACAUCUUGGUUUUCCAGAAGGGGCUGAUCGUACAGACACUGUUGACCCAGAAGAAGACUCCAAUUCAUUGGAAUGCCUUAAGGCAAGAUGCAGAGGAAUAGAGACCAGCCUAGCAGAAUGUACUUUAACUAGAGUGAAUAAAACUAAGGAGAAAGUGGCAAAAGUGGUGUGCCAUACAACACAUAGAGAAUGUUCCCCAAGAGAAUUCCGUUGUGUCAAUAGAAAAUGCAUCCCUUCCGGUAAGACAUGCAAUGGCGUCAACGACUGUGGAGACUUAAGUGAUGAAGUAUGCUGCAAAGCAUGCAGGGGGGGAAACUUCCACUGUCAUUCAGAUGUGUGUAUUCCAAGAAAAUACGUCUGUGACAACGAAGUGGACUGUUUAACAGGAGAAGAUGAGACUCGCCAAGAGUGUGAUAAAAAAAGAGCUGAAGGAAAUGAACAUUCGGAAGGAACAGAAGACGCUGAACAGUCUAUGGAUGAAGAAAGAAGAAAGAUCAAAACAUUGUUACCUCAAUUACAGUGCGGCAUUGCAAACCACACUGUUACUCGUCAGAAGCGAAUCGCAGGUGGAUUCACUGCAAGAAAGGAUGAAUUUCCUUGGCACGUGGCCAUUAAAGGGGAAGGGACAGAAGUGAAGUGCAGUGGCGUUUAUAUUGGGGGCUGCUGGGUUUUGACGGCUGCACACUGUGUUAGAGAGAACCGUGCAAAUACUUAUACGGUAUGGAUUGGACUGCUGAACACAGCAGUACAGUAUGGUAUAAUAGAAGUAUUUCAAGUAGUUAAAGUAAUAGUUCACGAGAAUUACAACCCCAAAACAUAUGAAAAUGACAUUGCUUUGCUGGAGAUGAAACCCAGGGACAAGAACCAAUCAACAUGUUCCUCGCAUGACUCUGUGCCAGUCUGUGUCCCUUGGUCAAAAUACAUGUUCAAAGGUGGCCACCAGUGCAAAGUGUCCGGCUGGGGACUCAAUGAAGAGUUUGAAAAGCAAUUUGGCCUUAAGUGGGGCUACAUUUAUCUAAUGGAAAACUGUUCUGAAAUCUACGGGAACCGGUACUUUGAAGGCAUGGAAUGUGCGGGUACGCAUGAUGGCUCUGUGGAUUCCUGUAAAGGUGACUCAGGAGGACCCUUAGUUUGUUUUGACUCUAAUAAUGUGGGGUAUGUUUGGGGUGUUGUGAGCUGGAGGGAAACUUGUGGUGAAAAAGGACGCCCUGGGAUUUAUACAAAAGUGGCACAUUAUUUCAGUUGGAUUGGCUAUCACACUGGACUGAAUCUCAUUUCGCGAUAUAACUAGUGAUUUGGAAUGUAAAUAUUUCUUUUUUUUCUGCCUCGGCAAUAACUGAAGAUAGGCUGCAGAACUUGUGACUCAAUCCAGCCAAAGUGAAGCAUUGUCCUAGUGGUUUCAAUGAGAGAAAUGUACAGCAUGAUUAUGUUUACUCAGAAGGCGUAACUUACUCCCAAGUAAAUAUGUGUGCAGUUGCAGCUUUAAGCUUGCUGAAAACUGUGGCAGGGAUGGGGAAGGAACCUUUGGCCCUCCAGAUGUUUCAGGCUCCAGUUCCCAUUAGCCCCAGCCAGCAUGGCCAGCAGUCAGGGAUGAUGGGAUUUGUAGUCCAUUAAAACGUGGAAGGCCAUUGAUUUCCCAUCUCUCACCUGUGAAAGUUAAAAGUGCUCCGCUCUGGCUGGAUUAUGCUGCAAAAGAUCAUCAGUUAUGAGUUGUGAAAUUUAGCAUUUAAUAAAUUUUGAAGUAUGUGUUCUUCUGUAAACAGUUACUGCAUUUCGUUUGUACUCCUUGUAUAUUCAAAUAAAAGUGAUGUAUACCACCAAGAAAAUGUUUGUUUUUAUUUUGGGUAUUGUAUUGAGAUUUGCUAAGCAGGCUCCACCGUGCACAAAAUGGCAUAAUACCUAUGGACAGAGAAUAUUCAGGUAUCUUACUGUACAGCCUAGAAUCCCACUGCUAUAAAUUUUCAUUUCAAACAGUUGCAGAAUCCUUUAAACUCUGAAGUCCUGUUUAGGUGCUAUUUUCCCUAUUGUUCAAAUGAAAUGCAUGGAUGAUGUCAUGGCCUUGGGCCAAUAAACUUCAACAUCUGUGGACAAAAUAUAUGUCUGUAUCCCUGAUUACAGCUGGUUGGGGCUGAUGAGAGUCGUAGUCCAAAACAUCUGAUGAAUCACGUUCCAGAAUUUCUUUAUUAUUAUUGAAUUUUUCCUCAAUCUUAUGGUCUUUCCUUAUGUAAUCAUAUAAUAAAUCAAAUUAUUAUAACAGUAAGCAGAAUUAGAAUGUCUAUUGCAGCUGCAGGCUUCCUUACCUUUACCUUUACCUUUAAAUCUAUACCUUUGAAUCUAUACCUUUAGAUACUUCCAUAAGGAAGCCUUAACAUACCUUAUCACUUCAUUUUGAAUUUUACAUUCAAAAUUUUACAUGCAGAAAUUGUUUCCAAACUAGUGUUUUGAAUGCUAGUUAUUAAGAAGCUUCAUUGACUCUGCAUUUGAUUACUGGGAAUUUGUUGCACAGAACCAAUAGAAAAGUCGCAUAUAUUACUAGCCUAAAUCAGGCAAAGUGUGGGAAAUACCUGUAGGGCUAAUUUUCUGUUUACUUCCUUGUUUCCUAAUCAUCAGUGACAAGAAUUACUGAGAAAUCAGCUGUGUUUUAAAGUGAAAGAAAUAUUUGUAUUGUAAUCACACAAAUCCCACAGUCUUCUGCACCCUGAUUUGAGAUUAAUCCCUACUGAACUGAGUGGUGCUUAUUUCUAAGCAGGCAUGGCCAAAACAGAAAUGUUCUUUCCAAAUAGCUAUUGGCGUACAGCAGGAGAAGUUACAGAAUGUAGAGAUGCAGACUUCCAGGGUCACUAAACCCAUUUCAAAAUUCCUGGAGGUAACCCGUUUUCUUGCAUGUCUUAAGGUGCUCAGUGUUUUUU